AUGCAUUAUACCAAUGAAAAUCUAGAUUUGAGAAGAGGGAAAGAUUUUAAGGAAGCCUAUAACUUCAGCCAAUUUAAUUUUGAUACGGCCGAAUUAAAUCAAAGGUAUAAUCAAUUGAAAAACGUAUACCGAUUUCCUUGCAGGGAACACAAAAGUAUUGUUCAAGGAUUUCAUGCGAAUGCAAAGAAAAUUACGAGGCUUCUUUCACUACCUAUCGCGAUUUAA